AUGCAGUCACUGCUCAACCCAGUCGGCCAUGGGCUGCAGCCACCACAUAAAGUCCAUGAAGAUUGUCCUGAGCAAUCAGCUGGUGCUCAGAGGAUUCGUCAGCUCCCUACUAGAAGUACCAAGAUAUACUUUACACUCCCAACGGAGAUCGUA